GGCGCGUAUAAGAAGAGGAGAGCCAUGCGGCCGGAGGAGGCAGACCUGGUGCUAACCUGACCAGCGGCGGGCACCCGUGUCUUCCGUCCAGCCCUGCGUAGCCCGCGGCGGGAGCGGAGCCGGACACAGACUAAGAUGCCCGCGAAAGGCAAAUACUUCUUCCACGAAAGCGACGGCGACUGCAAGAUCACGGACCCCCUGUACGAGAAGUACCGCUACUCGAGCCAGCAGCAUCCUCUCCUCCUCUUCCUGCUUGGUGUCGUCUUUGCCUACUGCGUGACGCUCAUCGUGGUCCUUUGCACCCAGGACGAUCCACGUGAACACCUGACCUUCACUGUUACCGUGUGCAUGGCUUCGGCGAUCUUUAUCGUCAUCUACGUUCUGGUUUACAUUGAAUCUUUAUUCUGGUGCCGGCUGAAGCUGUUUGCGGCUGUGAUUUGGAUCUGCCUGCUGGUUUUAGGAUACGUGUCUGUUUUCGAUAAGGGACAAGCAGCUCAAGUCGCAGCAUGGGAACAGGUCCCGUUCUUUCUGUUCAUAAUUUUCACUGCUUACACCAUGCUGCCCUUUGGAAUGAGAGAGGCCAUCAUCGUUAGCAGUAUUUCAGCUCUGUCUCAUAUUGUCAAGAUGCAAUUUGCCCUGCGAAACCAUGGAUCACAAUUUUAGGACAUUUUCUCCCCCCAGGUGCUUGCCAAUGCAUCCAUCUUCCUUUGCGGUAACCUAAUGGGGGCAUUUCACAAGCAUCAGAUACAAGACGCUUCUCUGGAUUUGUACAGGUACACUUUAAAAUGCAUCCAAGUCCAGAUGAAGCUGAAGAUUGAAAAGAGGCAGCAGGAAAGUUUGCUUUUAUCAAUACUGCCAGCUCAUAUCUCUAUGGGAAUGAAACUAGCCAUCAUAGAACGCCUAAAAGAAACCAACGACAGGAAGAAGCACGACAACAACUUCCACAGCCUGUAUGUGAAGCGCCAUCAGAAUGUGAGCAUCCUGUAUGCGGACAUCGUGGGAUUCACUCGCCUGGCAAGCGAUUGCUCUCCCAAAGAACUGGUGGUGAUGCUGAACGAGCUCUUUGGAAAAUUUGAUCAAAUUGCAAAGGAAAAUGAAUGCAUGAGGAUAAAGAUCCUUGGGGACUGUUAUUAUUGCGUCUCGGGCUUACCUGUGUCCUUGCCCGUACACGCCAAGAACUGCGUGAAGAUGGGACUCGACAUGUGUGAAGCUAUAAAGCAGGUGAGAGAAGCCACAGGGGUCGACAUCAACAUGAGAGUCGGCAUUCAUUCCGGGAACGUCCUUUGUGGUGUGAUUGGGCUUCGGAAGUGGCAGUACGACGUUUGGUCUCACGACGUCUCCUUGGCUAAUCGUAUGGAGUCCGCAGGAGUUCCCGGUCGUGUUCACAUCACUGAAGCGACGCUAAAUCACCUAGGCAAAGCCUACGAAGUGGAAGAAGGCAAUGGGCACCUAAGAGACCCAUACCUCAAAGCCAUGAAUAUCACAACUUACUUGGUGAUUGAUCCAAGGUCCAAGCAGCGUUCCUCCAAUAACCAUCAGAUCUCCGAAGCCAGAGUGCAUGACGGGCUGAAGAUCAGAGCCUCCGUCCGGAUGACCCGAUAUUUGGAGUCUUGGGGCGCUGCCCGGCCUUUUGCUCACCUGAACCAUCGAGAGAGUGUGAGCAGCGACACCUCCGCACCUGGCAGGAGGCCUCGGAAGGAGAUAACGCUGCAUCUGGCAAACCGACAGAGAGCUUCAGAGAGUCUGGAUGGCUGUAGGACAGAACGUGUGUGUCCUCCUUCCGUUGUAAACUAUAAAAAUACCUCUCAGAAGGGAAGGAUGGAAGAAGAUAUUCAUGACAAAAUGCUGUCCACCAUUGAAGGACUCAGUUCAGCCAAGCCCUGGUGUGGUAGCACAGACGACUUUCGUGGGCUGUGUGGAUUUUUGCUGUUUUUCGUUGAGAUGGGACUUGAAAAAGAGUAUCGCACAAUCCCCAUUCCGAAACUGAGGAGCUAUUUCGUCUGUGCCAGCGUUGUGUUGCUAUGUAUGUUUCUGGUUCAGAUAUUCAUAAUGCCAAGAACGGCAAAAUUAGGGAUUUCAUUUGGAAUGGUAGCAAUCAUAAUGGGACUGACUUUGUGCAUUUGUUUUGCCGAUAAAUGUUGGAGAAGCUGCUCGGAACGGUGGCCUCCUGUGCGGUACCUGUGCACGUUUUCGAAGAAAGUCAAGACGAUGCCGACCGUGAGACUCCCGCUGGCGGCCAUUGCCAUCAGCUCUUUGUUAAUCAUAGCAGUCUUCAACUUGCCAACAGCCCAGCACACAGGAAACUAUACUGCAUCAUCUACUGAGGAAUCAGCCACCCCGCUGGCUGAGAAUAGUGUCAUAAUCUACUCGUAUUACACCUAUUGCUGCCUCCUGGGGUUUAUUGCUUGCUCCGUCUUCCUCCGGAUGAGCUUUGAACUCAAACUUAUCCUUUUGUCGGGAGGCGUUGUUGGAUACUUCAUCAUCUUUAAUACCUGGCAGCUGCUGAAUGUGAACAACACCACCCAAAGGUUUAUUAUGAAAGACCCAAGAAUAAUGACCAAUUUAUACCUGGCUUUGUUCUACAUAACCCUGGUUCUUCUGUCAAAACAGAUCGACUAUUACUGCCGGCUAGACUGCCUACAAAAGAAUAAAUUAAAAAAAGAGCACGAGGAAUUUGAGACCAUGGAGAACGUCAACAGGCUGUUGCUGGAGAACGUCCUCCCGGCCCACGUCGCGGCCCAUUUUAUCGGGGACAAACUGAACGAGGAUUGGUACCAUCAGUCCUACGACUGCGUCUGCGUCAUGUUUGCCUCGGUCCCGGACUUCAAGGUGUUCUACACAGAGUGCGACGUCAACAAGGAGGGACUAGAAUGCCUUCGCCUACUCAACGAAAUUAUUGCCGAUUUUGACGAGCUGCUAUUGAAGCCGAAGUUCAGCGGUGUUGAAAAAAUCAAGACUAUUGGGAGCACGUAUAUGGCAGCAUCAGGGCUUUGUGUUACGCCGGGCCAAGAGAACAAUCUGGACCAGGAAAGACAGCACGCUCAGAUCGGCAUCAUGGUGGAGUUUGCGCUGGGCUUGAUGACCAAACUGGACGGCAUCAACAGGCACUCCUUCAACAACUUCCGUCUCCGAGUUGGAAUAAACUACGGGCCCGUGAUCGCUGGCGUGAUUGGUGCUCGCAAGCCUCAGUACGACAUCUGGGGAAACACCGUCAACGUUGCAAGCAGGAUGGAGAGUACUGGGGAACUUGGAAAAAUCCAGGUUACCGAAGAGACGUGCAGAAUCCUGGAGAGCCUGGGAUACGCCUGCGAAUGCCGCGGACUCAUUAACGUCAAGGGGAAGGGGGAGCUGAGGACUUACUUUGUCUGCACGGACACAGCCAAAUCGCAAGUGCUUUGACUCGGAGGGGGAAACGGUGGAAAGCUUGUGGUCGUUAUCGUCUCUCUCGUUCGUGUUUUUGAACGAACUUCCCUUCUGUGAAGCCUGAGAACUUUGCCUCCUCAUGUGAAGGAGCUUAUUCCAAAGUGCCCUGUGAAGGGUGCUGCCGCAUCUCAAGAACGUGCUCCGGCUCAGAGUACGGGAAGCUUUUGAAGGAUGUUUACAGUCGCAUCUGCCCAUUUCCGGGCGAGUUCGGGAAAUUUCUCGUCAACGGAUUAUUUCCCUCCUUUCCCUGCCAACAAGGGAGAUAUAAUGUGCUCCCCCCGAGCACAUCUU